AGUAAUGUAGAGCGUCGACGGCUAAGAGAGGAGUGUCGAGAAAAACUGUCGAAACACAUUCAACGCAGACUGAAUAUUACUAUCAGGCCGUCAGAAGUUCGGCUUAAUCCCAGUGCUACUGAUCCCUAUGCUUGGAAAAUUCUGCCGGAGAAAGAAGGGCUUCUUUCUAAAAUAUUCUCCAAAAAUAUAAGCGAACAUUCUAUUGGUGCUUAUAGAGAAUUGUGCGAAGAGGUUGGUAUAACAUUUGAAGCUGUGCCCUCAAGUACG